AUGGGGCACGACGAGGCCGUGACCCCAGUGUUUCCAAACUCUGACUACUGUACUGGCGCCCUGGGGUCCACUGCUGUUUUGGAGGCACUUGUUCGUCGCGCAGAAAAGGGCGGCAGCUACGGUGUGGAUGCCUCGUUGAAUUACUACUCUCAGUGGCUUGUCCGGUCAUGUGGUACUUACGACUCGGAUAUCUGGAAGGAAGUGUGGGAAAGACACGACUCGAUCACUUUCCGUCACUAUCAUGCCAUGCAGUAUCUGCUUCCUGCGAUGCUGAAAAGUUUAUAUCAACAUGACCGAGAUACUCUGUUCAAUCCCGCAUUCUUUGAACCCCGGCUGUCAAAGAACAUAAGCACUACAUUUAUCGGGGUGAAGCCAAUCGCCCAAUUCCCGGGCAAAGAAGUUGAUCUCAAAUACAACGUUGGCACUCGUGGUAAUGGCAUUGACCAGCCAAUGUGGCCAAAGGAUUUGACUGUCGAAGUCGUCACUGGAUCUAACUAA